AAGCGCAAGCGGGCACUUCUCAACGCAAGCAAACACUCGCAAUUGCAGAGCAACAAGCGUGCCCUGGCGUAGCAAGGGCAUACCGACAUGCCAGAUGCCUCAGCCACAAUGCAGCCAUUGCCCUUUUUGUGAGACUCUACUCCCGCACUCAUGCCCCCAGGUGGCAAUCAGAAGAAGGAAAAGCCGAGGCAACGUAAUAAGAACAAGCUGCGGAAUCAGCGUGCUGAGGGGAUUCGGCUUGAGGAGACAACCGAGGAUGAAAACACACCUAAGUCUACACGACAAGUAAUUCUGCAAUCGAAUGCGUCGUGGUCUUUUCCGGGCAUGAUGUUCUUCCCACAAGGCUCACGCCGACCUUUGAUCGACAACGACAGCCAGAUAAGCACAGAAAGGGUUCUUAAUACGGGUGACGUGAUGGACCAGGUCGCUCGAAAAUGGCGACAAGCUACAAUGAGCCCUCAACCGGUGUCUGGUCGCAAACUUGUACCGCACGAGUAUUCUCAAGAGGCCCUGGGUCUGUCGUCAGAAGAGAGGCGGACACAGAUACGUGCAGAGCUGCCUGUGAGCCGUGAAGCGUGGACCCAGAAGCCAAGGACAGAACAAGUGGAGAAGGGGGUUGCGCGGGACGAAAGGGAACAUCUGGUAGCAGGUAUCAGUUCAACGGACCCUCUUUACCAGUACAAUGCUGGCGACGAUGGAUCUGUUGAGAGACCCCGCCGUCAGAGGUACCGAGAUCUGAAGAAGGGCUGUGAUCGAAUGUACCGAGCGAAGCCAUACUUGCGUUGCAAAUAUGCAGGCAUUGGCGCUGGAUAUUGUGUCGAGUGGCGUCCACACGACCGUAAAGACAGGCACUGUCAGAAGAACAUCAUCCGAGCCUAGACUCUGGUCGGCUACCAGCUCCCCGAGGGUGAUCAGCGGCUCGACUGGGACACUGAUCUCGUUAGACGUCUAUUCGGCGAGAUCGAGUACUAGUCUCUAUAUUCUAAGGUGUGUCCUGGUCACUGACGAUGUUUAA